AUGCGUCCACAUCUUUGCGUCUUUCUGGGGUGUAUUUGGACUAUUCGGACCACACUGGACGACAGCACUGUGUUUUUGGUGGUGUUGCAACUGGAGAAACACCGCCAUCUCAGCUUUGUGAGUGUGUGGUGUGAUGGGAGUGGUGUGCGCAUGAUUUUCCACUCUGGUGCUCUCCGAAAUGACACUGUGGGGCUCCCGCACGAACAGCUCCUUGGGAAACCAACGCGCCUCUCUGCACAUGUAUCGUGUGUCUCUGCUUUUUUGGGAGAUGAAAUAGAGAACACAACACGAGAGAGAAAGAGAGAGAGGAAAGAGAAAGUGAUGACUAAAAUUGGCAUUCUCUGA